ACAAUUUUGAUAUUUUUCAAGAUAAUCUAAUUAAGCAUAUUCAAGACCACAUCAAUAAUAAUCAUAUUGAUAAAAAUGAUGUUCAAGUUUCUUAUAAAAUUAAUAGUCGUGAACAAGCAAUAGCUUUAGAUGAUAAAGAUGAUUAUGAUGCAUUUAUUAGCGAAGGCAAAAAAUUAGAAAAUAAUUCGAAUGAAGAGACACAAGAAAUAAAAACUAAAAAGUCAAAAGCGAACCUUGUACCAAAGGAGUCAAAACUUAAUUCUAAUGAAAUCGAACUAGCCAAUAUUAUUACGCAAAUUCAAACUAAAUACCAAUGCAAUGUUUAUGCAACGCCUUGUUAUAUUGAAGAUGAUAAACAUCUUGUAUUAAUACCUAUACGCUUACAAUUGUGGGCACAAGAUAUAAAAAAUAAACUCACUACUAUCGAAAUGCCACCUUCGUACCUGACCUUUGGUAUUAUUAAUACCAUUAAGGCUAAUAUUCAAGUACCACAAUUGCAAUCACCAUUUGUAGUUAAAUUAAAUUCAGGCUCAAUUCCAAGUCUUCAAGAAUUUUUUGAAGAGUUGGAUAAAAAUCAUAAUGGUAAUGGUGUUUACUUAGAUUUAAAAACAGGAUUUGAAUGGAAAGAAAUAACUGUAAAUACUAUUAAGGACUUAAGUGAUACAGAAUUAAUUCAAUUAGAA